AUGAAACAUAAAUAUGUUGAAAUCACAAGUCAUCUUAAAUUCUAUAUCAGACUUUCCUGUUUUUUGCUGAGGAAUGGAAAUCAACAAAGAACAAUACACCACUUAAUUUCAUCCCUAUCAAAAAUUAACUUGUGUGCAGGUGACCACCAAAUCUCCUAUGCCUGUAGACAAACUCUGAAUUCUGUGAAAGAUAAAAACAAUUUAGGGUGUGUUCAGCAGUGUGCAUCAAUCUCUAAGAAGAACUAUGAGUUUCCAGUUGUCUUGGAGACAGAUUUAGAGGAGGAUAUUGUCAAAGGGAGUGGGCCGGGAGGACAGUCGGUCAAUAAGACGUCAAACUGUGUGGUCCUGAAACACGUACCCACGGGCAUAAUGGUCAAGUGUCAUGAAACCAGAUCCCUACUUAAAAAUAAAGAAAUUGCUAGAGAAAAAAUGAGAGAAAAAGUGGAUGAUUUCAUAAAUGGAGAAAAUAGUUACUCUUCACAAGUGAUUAGAGAAAAGAGAGACAAGAAGCUGAAAGCCAAGCAAAAGUCUAGAAAGAAGUACCAACUUCUGAAAGACGAGAAGACAAGCACCUCAAAGACGGAGGCCAGGGAUUCAAGGACGGAGGCCGGCUACUCAAAGAUAGUGAACUCUGACCCUAACCUUGACACAGACCUAAAUAACACUGACAGUGGACAAUAGUGAUUCUGAGAUUAAGGUCACAGAUGCUGACAAAACAAUUAAAUAAUGCACACUAAUAAUGAGAUUUUAUCUCUCUCAUCUGUCCUA